GAAAUAGCAUUUCGUUCGGUUUCUGCGCGCGCAUGUCUCGCUAGUUUGUAUAAAUUUUCGAAUUUAGCACUCCGGGAAAUAAUGGCUUCGACUACAAAUUCGAAGCAACCCCAAGUUAACGGGGAGCUUCCCUGCUUUAAAAAAUAUAAGAUGGAAAAUAAGAAUAAAGUGACUGUAGUGCUGGGUGCUCAGUGGGGUGAUGAAGGCAAAGGAAAAGUAGUGGAUUUAUUGGCUGUAAAUUCUGACAUCGUGUGUCGCUGCCAGGGUGGUAACAAUGCCGGUCACACGGUGGUUGUGGAUGGCCAGGAGUUUGACUUUCACCUCUUGCCUAGUGGCAUCAUCAACACAAAAUGUACAUCCGUGAUAGGUAACGGCGUGGUGAUCCACAUUCCGGGACUGUUCGAAGAGUUGAAGAAGAACGAGCUGAAAGGAAUGCAGGGAUGGCAGGAGCGGCUCAUCAUAUCGGACAGAGCGCACAUCGUGUUUGAUUUACACCAACAGGCGGAUGGUUUGCAAGAGGCGGAAAAGGGCAAAAAUUCGCUAGGCACUACCAAGAAAGGCAUCGGCCCAACUUACUCGUCGAAGGCGACUCGGAAUGGAGUCAGGAUCGGAGAUUUGCUCGGUGAUUUCGCUAUAUUUGAGGAAAAAUUCCGUACCCUAGCUGCGGGCUACAAGCGGAUGUUCCCAGCGUUAGAAGUAGAUAUAGAGAGUGAAUUGACCCGGUACCGAGAGUACGCGGCCCGCAUCCGUCCACUGGUACGAGAUACUGUCUCCUACCUUCAUACGGAGAUACACAACGGAAAGAAAGUGCUGGUUGAAGGAGCUAAUGCUGCUAUGCUGGAUAUUGAUUUUGGUACGUACCCGUACGUGACGUCAUCGAACUGCAGUAUCGGCGGCGUGUGCACGGGGCUGGGGCUGCCGCCCAACGUCAUCGGUGACGUCAUCGGCGUCGUCAAGGCGUACACGACGCGCGUCGGCGACGGACCCUUCCCUACAGAGUUGCAUGAUGAGGUGGGCGCGGCGCUGCAGGCGCGCGGGCACGAGGUGGGGGUGACGACGCGCCGCGUGCGCCGCUGCGGCUGGCUCGACCUCGUCGUCGUCAAGUACACCGCCCUCGUUAACGGAUACACCUCUAUUUGCUUGACGAAGCUGGACAUCUUGGACACUCUGAAGGAGAUGAAGGUCGGCGUGGCGUACAAACUGGACGGCAAACAGAUAGACUACUUCCCCUCCUCUAUGACGGAGCUCAGCAAUGUUGAGGUGGAAUAUAUAACUCUGCCAGGCUGGGACUGCAAGAUAGAGGAUGUGCGGCAAAUGGAGAACCUGCCGCCGCAAGCCAGGCAGUACGUCAAGACUAUAGAAGACUACCUACAGAUACCGGUGAAGUAUAUCGGCGUGGGUCAGGGGCGGGAGUCCAUCAUCAGGGCGGACUAGCACCCCCUACCCUAUGACGUCACGACGCGCCGCUCAUUGCGCACUAGAUAAUAUCACAGUAGACUAACACAGACUGUAUAGUCGAGGAAGAUAAUUUCCUACCCAUUUGAAAUCAAACUCAAUACUAUUGAUCGAAUAAAAUAUCUGGCCUUGUAGAAGACGCUUCUAUCCAUAUUUAUGUCGGAAAUAUGUAAAAUGUACAGAAAAUGUCGAAAAAACAUGACAGCUGCGCAAAUAUUUAGGACAUGUAUAGACAAGACGGAACAUUUUUACUGGUAACUUCUUUGUAUGUUCUCAAUGUGAAAGACGUCGAGACGUUUCUCAGUAUUUAUUUAAACAGUGAAAACAACAAUUUUGUUUGUUUGUGACUAUGUGAAAAAUGUUUCAUUGAAGAGCAAUUAUGCUUCCUCUAUUUUUUUGUAUCUCUGCAGCUUUAUUACGAAAUCUUAUAAAACUUUAAAUAUAGAUGGCGCUAGUGAGCUUCAAUUUAGUUUUUGUCUUAGGUCAGAUAUACUUGUCAAAAACUUGAGCUAAAAAGCUCUUUAAAAUAACGUAUAAAAGCAAAUAUUUUUCAAUCCAUAUGGUUUUAAAAUAUACCAGAAUCAUUAAACAAGCAUAGUUUAGUUUGCAUUUGACAGUAAUGGGUAGGGAGUUAAAUUCUUCGACUGUGGAAGAAUUGAAAUCAAAUUACACUUUCAUACUAGUGGAUAUUCCAGCAACUUUCUUUUACCAUUAUUUACAUCUUUGUGUUUGUAAUAUUUUAAUAUUGGGUUCUUUUUUAUGUCUGUAAAAGUUUCUUUGUCUUGAAUUUCGAAAAUCAUGUUGAAUAUAAAAAAUGAAUAUUUAAAAAUGUAAAAUAUUCCUUUUAACCCUUAACUCGAUAGUUUUAGUUGACAUUUUAAUUAAAAGAACUACUGCAAAAAUUUAGAGAAUUAACGUGCGAUUUUUUUAGUGUUGGCAACAUUUAAUAAUCUUUGGCAACAAAAAACUCAGUCGAAUUAAGGAUUAAAGGCGAUAAUUAAACAUGGGAUCUAGAUAUCGCAUUCUAACACAUUCAAUGCCAUUUAUUUAGUUAAAAAAUGGCAUUAUAAAUGUUAAUUACAAAAACAACUUCCUAAGUAGUAUAAUUCUUUCCGUAUUAGAGAAAUACUUAAUAUUACAGUAUUUCUUUUAGUAUUAAUUGAAAAGAUGGGGUUUUAAAGCCAGGUAUAUAUGUUCAGUUUUAACUGAAUUUGAAUUUUAACUUAACUAGUUUUAUGUUUUAACUGACUAUAUGUGUUCAGUUUUAACUGACUAUCUGUGUUCAGUUUUCACUGAACUGCAUACGUUCAGUUUUAACUGAACAACGUUUAAUUGUAUUAGAACUACACAUUUUAAGUUCUAACCAACUACAUAGUCUUGGUCUUAAUCGGACAUUUUCGGACAAUUGGAAAAACUUACUAGUACACACUUUUAGUACUUUUAGUAACUUCAGGUUUGUGAGAACACAAUACAUGAAUAUAACGAGGGUUAUAAAUUACUUCACAUCAAAUUUUAAGCAGUGUCAAACAUAUGUUAUUAGCGAAAAUAAAUUUAAGUUAUAAAUAAUUUUAUCCACUUUUGUUUAUUACCGAAGGUGGAUGCUUCUAACAAAUAUACAAUCAAAUCAAACGAAGAUGCGAACACUGAUAUCGUGUAGUACUAAAAGUACCAAAUGUCCGAUUAACAGAAGCCGUUCGAUACUGUUACUUAUAGUACAGUGUCGAGUAACAUUAUUAGUACAUCGUAUGUGUACUACCCAUGACUGUAAAGUUCAGUUUUAACUGAAAAGUCGAUGUGUUCAGUUUUAACUGUACAUAUGUAUCAGGCUUAAAUUAGUGCGUAAUCUGACAGCAAAGUGAAAAAAAACUAUUUUACAGAGGUUUGCAAAAUUAAAAAAAAAUAAAUAUAUUUUACAGUGGUUUUGUAAUUUAUUAAUUCAGUUUGAUAUUGAAGAUAUUUUGGUUUAAAACAGUUUUUUUAUUCAACGUAAUUUAAUACCAGGCCUAGCAUUUUUGCGAGCGGAUAGAUUCUUCCUCUAAAUAGUGAAAAUGUACAAUUUAAAAAAAUAUUUAGUACUGAAUUUAAAAUGUGUAAAUUACUGACUAAAUUACGUUCCUACAGAUGUGUGAAAAUCAACCAGGAAAAUAAAAAUCUCGUAUAGAUGUCGUCACUUACUUUAUCAUAGAUGGCAACACCAAUAUUUCGUAAAUGUCACAUUUUUUUAUCUGCGUUAAUAAUCUUUUUAAUUAUGUUUUUUCUAAGCAUUGCAGUUUUAAUUUUCCUGGUAUGGUUUUUACAUACAAAAUGUGCUUCAUUUUUAUAAGAAACUAUAUAGUUAAAUAGUAAAGCAAUGCACAAACUGACGGCCAUUUUGUGGAUUACGUAAUACGCGAUCAGAGAAACCAACUUCUAUGAGGUAUCUGACUUUUCUUUAACAACUAAAGCGAACCGAAGCUAAAGCGAAGAUAGAAAACGAAACGAAAAAUGAUAGCACGAAAAUUUGUAAGACUGUGCCAUCGGGUAUAAAUUACUCCGAUAAAGUCGAUGACUACACUUUCACGCAAAUUUUCGUGCUAUUCGCUUCGCUUCGCCAUCGCCGUGGCUUAAGUUAAUCUAAAAUAUUUUAUAGCAAUCAGAAGUCAGUAUAUAAGUGUUGGUACAAUUAGUAUUUAAAGAACGUAGUAAAAUUUGAGGCAAAUGCUAUUUUAGCGCCCUCUUUAAAGGUUGUAGUUAAAACUAGCAAAUGCGUGUCAUUCCGAUUGACGUUUACAUUUUUAUAUGUACUUACUUAAAGUUCACUGUUUCGCUUUUUACAGACAUUUCGACGGCGUGUUUUAUGUGAUAUCUAUAAUAUUUUAAAUGUAAAUAUUUUUCAUUAAUACUAUGCCAAUAAAAUAAUGGUUUAUUCUUU